AUGAUUUCUCGAUUAAAAAAUCUUAUUAUUUGGUUAUGGUCAUAUAUAUGGGUUUUAUGGGUGUUACUAUUACUUGGAAUAUUAUAUUUAUUACAAGGACAAUUUAGGAUCACUGAAUCUAUUGAAAGUGCUUCUAUAUAUUUAAAUACAUUAACACCAAAAUUUUAUGUUGCUUUAACAGGAACAUCUAGUUUAAUUUCUGGUAUAAUUCUUAUCUUUGAAUGGUGGUAUUUUAAAAAUUUAUUUAGUAUUGAUAAUAUAAUACCUGAAGAAGAGGAAACAGAUGUUGAAGAGAUAGUUGAAGGAUCUUCAAAUAUUCCAGAAUAUAAAGUUUGGAGAAAUCCAACAGCUUUGUUUCGUGGAGCUGAAUAUAAUAGAUAUGCUAAAAAAUAUAGUUUAGAUCCAUUAACUUUUCAUGAUAUGAAUUUAUCAUCACAAGAUCAUCAAAAUUUAUUUACGAGUGAAGCAGAUUAUUUACAAAAAGAUUACCAAAUUAUGCAAGAUGCAUGGAUACAACGAAACAGUGAUUCAAGAAUUAAUGCUGCACUAGAAGCAUUAAAAAUUAAUCCAGAAUGUGCCCCAGCUUUACUUUUAUUAGCUGAAGAAGAUUGUAAAACAAUUAAUGAGGUUGAAAUUAUGCUUAAAAAAGCUUACAAAUGUGCAGAAAGUGCUUUUAAGCGUUCACAAUCACAAAAUAAUUAUGAUUUUACAUCAGAUAUUACUUUUAGAAGAGAUGCUAAUAUUUAUGUUUAUAUAAGAAGACGUCUUGCUAUGUGUGCCAGAAGACAAGGAAGAUUAAGAGAAGCAAUAAAAAUGAUGAGAGAUAUAUUAAAAGAAUUUCCUACUAUGAAUACUAUGAAUAUACAAGAAAAUUUAAUUGAAGCAUUAUUAGAAAUUGAGGCAUACGCUGAUGCUGCAGCUGUUUUGGCAAGAUAUGAUGAUAUUACACAACCAAAAUCAGCAACUAUAUGUUAUACAGCCGCUCUUUUAAAAAUACGUUUGGUAGCUGACAGAGGAAAUGCUGAUUUUUUUAAUAAAAAAGGAUUUUCAGUUGCUGAGUUAAAUGCAAUAGAAUCAAUUCAUAGAGCUGUUGAAUUUAAUCCACAUGUUCCAAAAUAUUUAUUGGAAUUAAAAGAAAUAAUAUUGCCACCAGAACAUAUUUUAAAACGUGGUGAUUCAGAAGCUAUAGCAUAUGCCUUUUGGCAUUUACGUCAUUGGAAACGGGUAGAAGGAGCCACUACAUUACUUUAUAAUACAUGGGAAGCAACAUUCAAUUUAUUACCAUAUCCAUUAGAAAAAGGAGUCUUAUUUUAUCCUUAUCCAAAUAAUAUGACACCAUGUGAUCGUGAAUUAUUACCUGCAUGGCAUGAGGUAUCAGAUUAUCCAAAAAAAGAAUAUCCAUUAAUUGCAUUAAUCUCAACAGGAAUGUGUAUAAUAAUUUCAAUUUUAUCAUUAAUGUAUCAUCAAUAUCCACAAUUUACAAUUCAAUUAUUUCACACAAUUAAGAUGUAUUAUUGGGAAUUUCAUAUAUUUUUAUUUCGUAACAUUUUUUCAUUCUCUUUUGAAGAAUAUCAAUGA